AUGAGGAAAAGAUUCGACGAGCUUACUGAAAGUGCAAAAAAUAAAUUUAUUAAACGUAUAAAAGUAUUAGACGAUAAAAAAUCAUGUGGACUUAAUGUCACCGAACUAACACCGAGAGUACAAAAUGCAACUACACUUAGGCAUCGUGAAAACAGAAUUCUAGACGACACUAAACUCCCGUCUACGUCAAAAGAAAAUGAUGUUCAAGUAGUGAUUGAGGAGCCAAUGGACGAAACUCUAUCAAAUGGAAUGCUAAUGGUCGAUGAUAAUUUAAAUCUAGAAAAAGACAUUAAUUAUCUUAAUUUAGGGGUUGAUAACUAUCGAGAAACAAUAGAACAAGAAGGUGGAGACGAUAAAGAUGACCACAACUAUGACGAUAAUGGAGAUAAUAACGGAGCUGAUGAAGAAAAAGAAGAAGACGACAGCGGCGAUAACGAAGACGACGACGAAGAAGAAGACGACAGCGGUGAUGACGAUGACGACGACGACGACGAUGAAGAAGAAGAAGAAGAUGACGGUGAAGGAAACGAAGAAAAAAGAGAUAUUAGAAAUGAUAAUUUAUAUAACAAUAAUGAUUUAAAUUAUGAAGAUGAAUCGUACGAACGACCUGUUUACGAAGGUUCGCCGAGAACAGUUGCUGAGAACUUAUCUGACGGCCUUGUAUACCGAAAACAACAGGAAUAUUUUUCAGACUUAGGUGCAUUAUCUUAUACCUGGAAUACUGAUGGUGUACCGGUAUUCAAGAGUUCGCAAGUUUCUGUAUGGCCAUUUUAUUUACGGAUAAAUGAAUUGCAAUAUGCGAUGAGGAUUCGCAGAGAAAAUAUUAUUCUCGCUGGGUUAUGA